CCACGUGCGUCGCGAAACAUGGCGGAAAAGCAACGCCGCGACAAUCUCAACGCAAAUAUAUCGACGAUGGCGACCCUUGUGCCGAGCGUUGCUGGAAGCUCGAGGAGAAUGGACAAAAUAUCCAUCCUAAGAUUAGCUACCGCUUUCCUGAGGACACGUUACACCCUCGGAAGAGGCUGCACGAACUUCCUUCCCCCGUUGUUCAAAGAUCAAUUUGAUCUGGAGCAAUUUUUUGUUGACCACCUGGUUGACAGCGGAGGUUUUUUCAUCGUUCUCACCACAAAAGGGAACAUCGUCUAUGUUAGUCGACAAGUGGAGCAACACCUCGGUCAUGUUCAGAACGAAUUGCUGGGUCAGUGCCUGUUCAAUUUCAUCUAUCCCGAUGACCUUGAUGAGCUCAAGCGUAAUCUUUUGCCCGAUGGGCAGCCGAUGUCAUCGUCGACGCCAUCACCGAUGAACAUCCCGCAGGUGUCCGAGUUGACACACGAUAACAGUUCCAACUCUUCUGAGGAAUCCUCGACGUCAAGUCAACGGUCGAACGAGAAGCCCAAACGCUUCUUCGAGCAGAGGCGGAACUUCAAAAUCCGCAUAGCGCAACGCACUAAUUCCAGGCGCGACCACACGCAGUACGAGUGUUUCGACGUUUCGGGUCUUCUCCGACUCGCAGAAGCCUGCAAAAACGUGGACAUCAACGAGCACAGAGGGAGACAACGGGAGGCGACGAGCACAACCAACGACAUCGUUUUUGCCGGCAUAGCGACUCUGCCACAGAAACGGCCCAUCACCGAAUUGUCGAUAAUGGACGCCAAUAAAGACGAGUAUGUGACGCGGCAUCUGGUCGAUGGGCGUAUCAUUUAUUGCGACCAUAGGGUAUCGGUCAUUGCCGGGUACCUGUCAGAGGAGAUAUCGGGUUUGAACGCAUUCGGCUUCAUGCAUAAGGACGAUUGUAGGUGGACGAUGAUCGGCCUACGGCAAAUGUACGACCGCGCCGAAAUGUGCGGCUCGUCGUGCUACAGGCUACUCACAAAGAACGGUGAGUUCAUCUACUUACGGACCCACGGUUAUUUGGAAAUUGACAGAGAUAUGAAUAUGGUGGAAUCCUUCGUUUGUGUUAACACCAUGGUGACGGAAGAUGAGGGUAUUCAACUAAUAAAAGAGAUGAAAACGAGGUUCUCUGCGACCGUGUCCACAAGUAGUAGAAGUCUGAUUCCAGAUAUCGGCAAUAACGCACUACCAACAUCACCGGACAUGAACACCCCGUCAUCAAAUUCAAAAGCCAGCGUUGAAGAUCCAUCGCAGCUCGAAGUCGCUAUUAAUCACCUAAUCAGCGAUUUACCCUCGUCAGUUAUAACGGAGGAUUGUUCGUCUCCUUCACCGAUGCCGCAUACGCAGUACGUAAAGGCUGCUAUAUUUUCUUCCCGUAUGCCACCAGUUUCCGCGCAAGCCAAUAAGAUCGGCAUUAAUCAAAUCAACCGAUGCGUGAUUAUUCAAGGAAAAGUAUCUCCCAAACAAGAGUCUAUUGGAAAAUUGAUUAAUUCGAAUAGCGCGGAGCAAAGCCCAAUAUCGGAUUCAGAGAGCGCGAUGCCGUCCGGCAAGCCUUUAUCAAUACUUGAAAUGAUAAACGCUGGCCACAACAGCCAUGGCAAUACUCAAAACGAUAUGUCUGCACAAUCGAAAGUUCUUGCUACUCGCAAGUCUGGUAAGAGCUCCCGCGCGCCUCGUAAUCAUACAUCUUGUUUGGAUAGUUCUCCAAAUGCAAAUGUUUUGAACGAAGGCACCACAUGCAAUAUCAAGGUAGAACGUGGCACCGAGGGAACGUUCAAUUGUGUAAAAAAGCAGGAGGGACAAUAUUUUGAUGACAGCGCGAGUGAUAAUUCUAUCGCCUCGUCGGGAAUAGAAGUACAGAACAGGUUGAAAAGGAUAUGCAGCGACGAGGAUCUUCUGGUGACAAACAACAAGAAGAGAUCUAACGAUGUGUACACAUCGAUGAUAAACAAUGAACAACAGCGUAUCUCCUACUUGAAAUGCAGGUCUUUCGCAUCUGAGUAUCCGACAUAUUCCGAUGAAUUUAAUCAAUACAAUGAUGUCAAUUCGCAACCGCUGACAGUGGCGGAGUCGCCUAAUUCGAGUUUACAUGAAGUCGGAACCGAUUAUCAACAGUUGGUAGAUCCCGCCGUGCCGUUAGGCGCAACAAAUCACGAAGAACAGUUUGUUGAUUUGCAGGAUCUGAAGGAGGAUACGUUACUAAGUUCGGAACUUGAUGCAAGUCCAGAACUCAUGAUGAAGAUAUUUGGCGGUCUACGUAAUGGGACUACAGGUUUCGAAGUUAUUUCAGAUUUCGACGAAACAAAAAUACAGCAACUAACACCUGAUGAUCAAGUGGUGAAUGACGAGUUAAGCCGGACAUAUUACCAGUUAGCAGACAGCAUGGCACUGCAUGAGUCUCAAAUCAACGUACUAGCACGUGAUCUCAAGAACCCAGCUCUCCGUGGUCAAAGAAAAAACUUGUCACAAUUACAGGCCGAGCAUAAUAUGCAGAAGCAAAUGCUCAAAACCUUGCAACAGGAUCACUGUAAAAUGCAAAUGAGCGCCAAGCAAAAACUUGGCAUCUGAGAAACGGAAUGGUCUCCGAGUCACUUUGCGAAAACCACUUUCAAGAAGCGAACUUAAUACGAUGCAUCCCGGAAAUUGUUGUAAUUGUUGUAAUUAAUAAGAAAUAAGCUUUAAAAGUUAUCCUUUCCUCGAAGGAUUAGAACAAAGCUUUCGACAUACGCGCAAGUUGCAUAAUAUUUCUCGAUUUGUGUUGCGAUAUCGUGUUCUGAGAUUUCUCUGUUUUGGAAUUACACUGAUAUCAUCAAGAUUUAUGACGAAGAUAAGAUCUGGAUAAUCAUUAUCAGUGCAGCAACGAAGAUUUGUGGGCACCGUAUGUAAAACUGCUCAGCUUACGAAGAAGAAGGUAUUGCUUAAGUUGACCGCAAGUGAUUUAUCUAUUACUAAAACAGUCUGUGUGUUCGCUUCGAUCCGCAUUUUCCUCUGGUCAGUGGAAAAAAAACGAAAUGGAAAGACAGUGAGACAAAGAACUCACACACUAUAAUCGAGCGAUUAACACAUAUAAAUUAUUCUUUUUCUUUCCUUGUCGUUUUCUUAACUCUGUGGGAUUAAGAACUUUAAUUGCGCGCUGUCAUGUAAAAGGUUGCGCGCUUUGCUCACUAACUGAUUAUGCAAAGAUCGUACAAAAUCGCAUUGAAUACUGUUAUUUAAAACGUUGAUACAUUAUAAAUAACAGUCGCUACUCAGGCAGAUUUCCUGCGGCGAUCGAGUGUUAUGCAGUUGGCAAUUUUCAAAUUUUACGAUGGAAUUAACUUGUAUAUAUAAUAUACAUUCGAUUUUAAUACAGCACGGCCGCGUGCGGCACUUUCCUCGUGCUAACUCGCUCGCCGCGAAUUCGGUCGAGCUUAAAUACUACCUCUGCGAUUACGUAUUUGUAUCGGAUGGAUACAGAACCAGUCUUACUUAUUUCUUUAUUCUAUUGGUUGUAAUUACGAAUCUAUGAUGUUAAAUAUUAAUAAUACUCAUAGUACUGACAUCUUUUUAUAAUUGUAAAAGGACGUCACUGAAAGUAUGAAAAGACAAUUUGGUAAUUUUAACGAAUGAUGUUAAUAACUUAUCGCGUCUCGUGUUUUAUUGCGUAUUUAUGUGGAAGAACAAAAAGCUAAAUUUAGGGAUAUGUCUAUAAGGUUGCCACACUAUAGACCAGAUUUGCUCUAUUUUUAGUGAGACAGUUUAAUAACUGCAUGUACCUGAAUUUCUUUUAUGUUUAAAUAUUCUGUAAUGUUUGAAAAUUGGUAGUCCAAUCACGUGUUAUUGAAAAUAUAAAA